AUGGAGAUUGCCAAGAGUCGCGUGAAUCUGUCAUCCGAAAACGUGACAGAUAUUAUUAAAUGCAUGAAUUGUUUACACGACGAUAUGGAGCGCGGAGGGGAAGUCAUAACKCGAUGGAACGAUCUACCGAAAUUUUUCGCCGCCGCCACUUUCACCGCCAUUUUAGCUUUAGCCUGCGCUGAUGUUUCCCACCUGGGCUAUGGCUACGACCAACCUGCGGCUAGCGCACCAUUUAUCCAAUACAUCCCACCUGCAGCCAAUGCUCUUGAGCCUGCGUACGCCCCAGCCCCUGCUCCAGUCUUAUCGUACAUUCCUCCUGCGGCUAACGUACCUGAACAGGUCUACGCUCCAGCCCCGGCUCCUGCGCCAGUUUCAUCUUACAUUCCACCCGCAGCAACCGCUCCAGAACCUGUCUACUCUGCCCCAGCUCCAGCUUCAGUCUAUGCCCCACAACAAGCUGUUUAA